UUUAAAGAACAUUCUCUGCCCAAAGAAACAACAGUUUGAAGGGAUGCUUUAAAGACUAGUUAUUCUGUCAGUGUUUAAUUUAUUCUUGUUGCUUGUCAGGGCUCAGUAUACGUUUAUAUUAGAAUGACUUUAACCAUGAGGAGAGUUUACCACAUCGCAAUAUUCAGCUGGUAUGCUUUUGUUGUGAAGAAUCUCGCUGCUAAGGAUGGAGAGCAGUUACCACCAGGAAUCUUUGUGUAUGGGGGACCUUGGAAGUACCUUACUUUUUUGAAUUUGUUAUUACAAAUGUUAUUCUUUGGACUGGCGGCACUGAGUGAUCUACAAGCUGGUAACAAGGCAGAGAGUACUCUGAACAGAUGUAAAGACCUUCUCUUCUCUGUCUUUGCAUUCCCUGUUGGCACGUUUGUUGUUAUAUUUUUCUGGACGAUCUUUGCCUAUGACAGAGAAUUAGUCUACCCAGCAACCAUUGACACUUUCUUUCCUCCCUGGAUGAACCACGCUAUGCACACACUUGUCCUUCCUUUUUUACUCGGAGAAGUGGUGGUGCAGCCUCACAUCUACCCACAGACAAAGCAUGCACUGCAAGCAUUAGGAGGUGUGGGUGCGGCCUACUUAUUUUGGAUUAUAUGGGUAUACUUGUCAGUGGGGAUUUGGGUGUAUCCCCUUCUUGCACACUUCAGCACACCUGGUCUGGUGGGCCUCUUCUUUUUCAACAUGUCUGUGGUGGUGUUGCUCUACCUGCUAGGAAACAAGCUCAACAGCCACUUCUGGAGUAAGGAGGUGACCAGUGGUGGACACUAACUUUACAUUACUAUGUACAGUUACUCAACAUGAUAUCAAGUUAUGUUCUUCAGUUCAAUUUUGUCAUACUUGUACUUUGCUAGAGUAUUUCCAUAUCCUGCUACUUCUGCUCAAAUACAUCUCAGCUGAAAAUAUUGCACUUUUUACUCAACGACAUAUAUCUGAUAACUUAAGUUAUUUUGAAGAUCCAGAAUAAGAAUACAAAAUAUAAUGACAAAACUAAAAUGUAUCAUAUUACUAUAACAUAAUUGAUCCCUUCGCAAAAGCUACCAGGCAGUAUAAGUACUUCAAAAAUAAGCCCCUUCUUUACCAGCUGCAACAUCGAAGUGAUGAACACAGUAUGUACUAUGUAUCAAUAAUGAUAUUUAAAUAAUAAAGUAUAUACUAAUACUAAAUGAAUGCUUUUACUUAUGGUACUUUGUGUUAUUUGAUGCUUGUUCUUUACUUUCUAUUCAAAACAUUUAGCUAAACGCUACAUUGUCUAGCUAAAUGCUACCGUUUAGCUUAGUGCUACUGUCUAGCAAGCAGUAAACAACUGUUUAGCAUUUAGCUUAAAACCUAAUUAGCAAUUGUCCAUCUGAUUCAAGUGUGGCCUCAGCUGCUGUUUAGGAAAGUUACAGUCUCACUUAAAAUAUUAUGGGCUGAAACUGUACAACAGCUAAAUUACACAUCACGUUUUAAGGUCAAAUUACAUUUUACAGCUCAACAAACGGCAUGGUACACUUGAGUAAAGCAAUUUAAAGCAAGCAUAGUAAAGCAAGUUCCACUUAAAAGCAACUUCACAAGUUAUGCCUUUUUCUAUAUGUUCAUUAUCAUAUGAAAAGAGAUGAAUGUUGAAUGUAUGAUAUCAGUGGCUGUUUUUCACAAAGUAUACAAUGAGGCAAAAGGAAACAGUCAGUAUUCACCAUCAGCAUCAUCACAUCCAUUAUAAUCAAAUCAAAUCAAGUUUUAUUUAUAAAGCACAUUUAAAAGCGAUUUUUGGUCGAGCCAAAGUGCUGUACAUGUAAUAAAAACACAUUACUACAAACACAAUAAAAGACAAUAAAUUACAACAGAUAUAUAUUUUAAAAAAAAACAUUAUAGGCGCCAUUCAGUUCUCCUCCACACAAAGGGGAGGACAUUCCAUAAUCGUUUUUCAAUGUCACGUUUGACCUGAAAAAAGUGCAUGUUUUCCAUUAUCAUGGAACAUCUGGAGGCAGGAAUUGCUUGACUUGUGGUAUCCAAAACAAAAUGCAGAGUAGCCUUGAUUUGGUGCCAUUGUAGGCAAAAAUGUACUUUAGGGCGGGCCUGUAUAAAAUAGGGUGGGCCAGCUUUUUCCAAGGGGAAAGGUAGGCCUGGCCUAUAAUAAUAACAUAUAAUGAUGCCCAUUGCCAAGCAUCGUUGUAGCAUUUCCCUCCGAAUAAUGGUCUUAGACUUGACUGAUGAUAUGAAUUUAUUGAAAUCUUCAAUAUCAACGUAAGAGAUAUAAAGACACAAAAUAAAAUAACAAAUACAUUUAGGCUCCAUUCGUAUUAUAAUCACGUUAGCAUACUUCCAAAUCAAAUGUUAACUGUAAACAGACAGCAAAGCUUCAAAACAGCAUACAAACGAAUUAGGACACAACCUACAUUUUUAUAUUAUAGUUAAUACCAACUUUGUUCCUCUUUGGGGGGUGCUAAACUUAAACAUAAACUUUGUCCUUUACUUUCUCCGUCUUUAUAUGUAGAUUAAUCUCCGCUCCUUUUCUCCGUCACAUUGUUUCCAUAGCAACAACAACUUCCUGUCAACAGCGUAAACUCGCCUUCAAAAUAAAAGCAUCUAAAUAACACAGGAAGUUAACCUAAAUUACAUUUAAGACAUAUUUACAACUGCAACGAAAGUAACAAAAACAAUGUAAUAUCCUUUUCAGUUUCACAGAACACAAAUUGGGUUAUUUACUCUUGUAUUGCACUAACAGCAACAAUAGGUUGUGGCAUUCAAACCUGCUCAUGGACUUGCAGUGGUCCUCGCUUUUUUUAUGUCUCUCCAACGAGUUACGCUGUGCUUCCAGUCUAAAUAUCCAUCCCUCGUAAAUGCACCUUCAGCUCCUGGGCUGGGGAAAUGUCUGCACAUUUUGCAGAAAAGCGCGUCCCUACUUGCGCUGUAUUCCACCCAGGGAAAAUCUCCAUACCACCUUGAUGAGAAGCACCUUGCUUUCCCAUGAUUUAGAGUGUAAGGGAACUUCUUGAAUUGUGGCUGUGAAGGCGGUUCAUCAAUUGCAGACAGACCAGCGGGUAGGCCCACACCUGCUUCAUGCUGACGACCGGGAGCGGGAGGGAGCACUGCUAGCGCCGUGGAGCAAGCGGCCGUAACAGUCUCCGGACUAGUCGGAGAGCCUGGCCCUGGAGUCUGGCUUUUUUUUUAAAAACCAAAGUUCAUUAGUGAACUUUGAGCUAUCAUUUGCAGGCAGCUCUCUGCCUCUCUCACGUUACUAUGGCGCGCGCCGGAACCAACAACCAGUUUUUAACAUAAAUGAGUUCGGUUCAGAGGAUAAAACACAUACAACAUUAAUUCAACUCGAUAUUUGUUCACUUGAAUUUCACUUUGAAUGCUUGGAUAUUCUCAAUGGGUGAAUACAUUUUUUUAUAAUAAUAAUAAAAAAAUUAAAAAUGACACCGAAGCUUUCUCAGGGUGGGCCAAUGAGUAAACUGGGUGGACCUGGGCCCACCCUGGCGCUAUGGUGGAUACGCCACUGUAAAAACUCCAAGGAUAAAUCCAGGAAUAGCAGUAUGCUGUCAAUAUAUUGCGGUAUUUGGUCUUGUUUUUUUAUUUUAAAGAAGAUCAGGGACCACGCAAGUCUCUGUAGCAUUUAAGAUGGUGGAGAUAGUUUGGAUCUGCAUCGACCAAUCCAA